UUGUUUCAUUUGUGAUGAAUUAAUUAAGAUUAUCAAUGGCGACAGGUCAAUGAAUAUGUUUAUGUAAAGAAUGCUACACCUGUUAGCAAGAGUUUGAAAUGUGGAAGUUUCAUUCUGACAUUAAUCAUUUUUAUGUGCAGUGGAAGGAAAAUAGAUGAAACUUUACAAAAAUAUAUUUUUAGAUUGAAAGCGUUAAUUUUAAGGGUCAGUUUGUGUGGGCGGCUCUUUUUUUCUCACAAUUUUAGGGGAUAAUUUUUAACCCUGUUAUCACACAGGUUUUUAGUUUCUUUUCUUUUCUUUUUUUUUUCUUAUAAAAUAGUCAUUUUCUCUCUUCUUGGUUUGUACAGGCAAAUAGAACUUUCUCCAGUUUAGAGAUAUAUUGGUGAUGUUGGUUGACAUCAGGGCAACUUCAGAAGCUAGCAAGUAGGAGAAUCUUUUCAGAGGGCAAAAAGAUUUGUACCAGUUUUUCCUUCCUUGGAGAGACACUGCACCCAGAAAUGAGGCCCUCUGCCCUAUUUGGGGGGCCAGAAGUAUCAAAAUUUCUGAUAGGGAUUGUUCGUAAGGUUCAAAUCGUAAUCGUUACUUGUCUUGGUUUAAAUCUUAUAGUUACUUGUCUUGGAUUUUGCUUUUAACCCUAAAUUUGUGCUGAGGUUCUAUUUUCCCCCUUUUACACAGAGUGUGUUUCAGAAAUAAUGCAUACUGAAAAUUAGCUAUCUCGCAGAUACCUUAAAAUGUCUUUUAAGGCAUUUGUAAUUACCAUUAAAAGCAUCCCGUAUAUUCAGGGAAGUUAAAAGAGUUCCCUGCAUGAAAAUUUGACGGUUUUGAUUUACCUUAACGUUUUUCUCAGUUUUUCUUAUAACUAUAGACUUCAGUUCAGAUCAGAAACAUUCUUUCUCUGCUAACCACUCCUUACCAUAAGGAUGUGUCAGGAAAAACCGUAGGAACUUAAACUAUAACUUGUUCACAUCAGCAGAGCAGAAGUAUCUUAACAUGAAUCUUGAUUUGUUUUAUUUUUUACAAAGUUUUCAAAUAUAUCUCUGUCAUUACGGUUUUGUUGAUUGAACGUUGGUUUAUUACUGCAAAACUGAGGUAACAGUAAUAAAGUUUUGCAAGAAGGGAAAAAAAGGCAAAGGGAGGUAUUUAGUGCUGCAGUCCUUUAAUAUCAGUAGUUUUGUUUACUGUUGAGUGGUGGGGAGGGGUUGGAGAGGCUUUGUGGAAGAUGAUACCAAAAAAAAAAAAAAAAUACAUCAAUUGCGCAUAUGAUCCCCUCCCCUUAAGCUUUACUUAAACAAUAUGUUUCGGUUUUGCCUCAAACCAUUCCACACCACUUCUCCAAGAAUCCACCACUAUCUUCGUUCCUGAGCGAUUAAGGAUGACACUUUCUGUUGUAUAAUGAACUGCAGUAUUGUUUGAACAAAGAUGUACAGAUCAGCUCUCAAAAUGUCUUCUGUGUCUUCUGAGCAUCUUCUAAGACAAUUGCAUUAGCCCUCCUGCUAGUUGACUAAUAGAAUUAAUAAUUGUAAAAAGCACUCUAAAGCCACAUGCCUUAUGAAGUCAAUGCUGGGUAUGAUUUUACAAAUAUGGUCCGGAAAAAGAACCCCCCUCUGAGAAACAUUGCUAGUGAAGGCGAGGGUCAGACCCUGGAGCCUGUCGGUACAGAAAGCAAGGGACCUGGAAAGAACAAAGAAUUUUCUGCAGAUCAGAUGUCAGAAAAUACGGAUCAGAGUGAUGCUGCAGAACUCAAUAAUAAGGAGGAACAUAGCUCGCAUGUCCAGGAUCCAUCUUCUAGCAGCAAGAAGGACUUGAAAAGCUCAGUCCUGAGUGAGAAGGCUGGCUUUAAUUAUGAAAGCCCCAGUAAGGGAGGAAACCUUCCCUCCUAUUCACAUGAUGAGGUGACAGAGAGAAAUAUGUUGGCUUUCUCAUCUCCAGCUGCUGGGGGAGUCUGUGAGCCCUUGAAGUCUCCUCAAAGAGCAGAGGCAGAUGACCCUCAAGAUAUGGCCUGCGCCCCGUCAGGGGACUCACUGGAGAUGAAGGAAGACCAGAAGAUGUCACCGAAGGCUACGGAGGAAACAGGGCCAGCGCAGAGUGGUCAAGCCAAUUGCCAAGGCUCAAGCCCAGUUUCAGCGGCCUCAAAAAACCCACAAGUGCCUUCAGAUGGGGGUGUCAGACUGAAUAAAUCGAAAACCGAUGUACUGGUUAAUGACAACCCAGACCCGGCACCUCUGUCUCCAGAGCUUCAGGACUUUAAAUGCAAUAUCUGUGGAUACGGUUACUAUGGCAACGACCCCACAGAUCUGAUUAAGCACUUCCGAAAGUAUCACUUAGGACUGCAUAACCGCACCAGGCAGGAUGCUGAGCUGGACAGCAAAAUCUUGGCCCUUCAUAACAUGGUGCAGUUCAGCCAUUCCAAAGACUUCCAGAAAGUCAACCGAUCUGUGCUUUCUGGUGUGUUGCAGGAUAUCAGUUCCUCAAGGCCUGUUUUACUAAACGGGACCUAUGAUGUACAGGUCACUUCAGGUGGAACAUUCAUUGGCAUUGGCCGGAAGACACCAGAUUGCCAAGGAAACACCAAGUAUUUCCGCUGUAAAUUCUGCAAUUUCACUUACAUGGGCAACUCAUCAACAGAACUAGAACAACAUUUUCUUCAGACUCACCCGAACAAAAUAAAAGCUUCUCUCCCCUCCUCUGAGGGUGCAAAACCUUCAGAGAAAAACUCUAACAAAUGCAUCCCAGCCGUCCGGCCUGGUGAUGCUGGAGACCUGGGCAAAUGGCAGGACAAGAUCACAGUCAAGGCGGGAGAUGACACACCCGUUGGUUACUCAGUGCCCAUCAAGCCCCUUGACUCGAGACAAAAUGGUACAGAGGCCACCAGUUACUACUGGUGUAAGUUUUGUAGCUUCAGCUGUGAGUCCUCGAGCUCACUGAAACUGCUAGAACAUUACGGCAAGCAGCAUGGCGGAGCGCAGUCAGGCGGCCUUAAUCCAGAAUUGAAUGAUAAGCUUUCCAGGGGCUCUGUCAUUAAUCAGAAUGAUCUACCCAAAAGUGCAGACGGGGAGCCAAUGACCAAGGCAGACAAGGGCUCUAGUGGGGUGAAGAAGAAGGACUUCUCCAGCAAGGGGGCAGAGGAUAACAUGGUCACCAGCUACAACUGUCAGUUCUGUGACUUUCGAUACUCCAAGAGCCAUGGCCCCGACGUCAUUGUGGUGGGGCCACUUCUUCGUCAUUAUCAGCAGCUCCAUAACAUUCACAAGUGUACCAUUAAACACUGUCCCUUCUGUCCCAGAGGCCUUUGCAGCCCAGAAAAGCACCUUGGAGAAAUUACUUAUCCAUUCGCUUGUAGGAAAAGUAAUUGUUCCCACUGUGCGCUCCUGCUUCUGCACUUGUCUCCUGGGGCGGCCGGAAGCUCGAGAGUCAAACACCAGUGCCAUCAGUGCCCGUUCGCCACCCCCGACGUGGACGUGCUCCUCUUUCAUUACGAGAGCAUGCACGAAUCCCCGGCCUCGGACGUCAAGCAAGAAGGCAAUCACCUGCAAGGGUCAGACGGGCAGCCGGCUGUCAAGGAAAGCAAAGAACACUCAUGUACCAAAUGUGAUUUCAUUACCCAGGUGGAAGAAGAGAUUUCCCGACACUACAGGAGAGCACACAGCUGCUACAAAUGCCGUCAGUGCAGUUUCACCGCUGCCGAGACUCAGUCACUACUGGAGCACUUCAACACUGUUCACUGCCAGGAGCAAGACAGCACUACAGCCAACGGCGAGGAGGACGGCCAUGCCGUCUCCACCAUCAAGGAGGAGCCCAAGAUGGACCUCAAGGUCUACAGUCUGCUCAACCCAGACUCUAAAAUGGGAGAGCCAGUUGCUGAGAGUGUGGUGAAGAGGGAGAAGCUCGAAGACAAGGAUGGGCUGAAGGAAAAGGCUUGGGCUGAGAGCUCAAGCGAUGAGCUGCGCAGCGUGACUUGGAGAGGGGCGGACAUCCUACGGGGCAGUCCGUCUUAUGCCCAAGCCGGCCUGGGGCUCCUGACCCCCGUGGCCGGCCCCCAGGAGCAGGCGAAGACCCUGAGGGAUAGCCCCAACGUCGAGGCGGCGCACCUGGCGCGCCCCAUCUACGGCCUGGCUGUGGACACCAAGGGCUUCCUGCAGGGGGCGCCCGCGGGCGGAGAGAAGCCCGGCGCCCUCCCCCAGCAGUAUCCCGCGUCUGGAGAGAGCAAGGCCAAGGAUGAAUCCCAGUCCCUGUUACGGAGGCGCAGAGGCUCGGGUGUUUUUUGUGCCAAUUGCUUGACCACAAAGACCUCUCUCUGGCGAAAGAAUGCAAAUGGCGGAUAUGUAUGCAAUGCGUGUGGUCUCUACCAGAAGCUUCACUCGACUCCCAGGCCUUUAAACAUCAUUAAACAAAACAACGGUGAGCAGAUUAUUAGGAGAAGAACAAGAAAGCGCCUUAACCCAGAGGCACUUCAGGCCGAGCAGCUCAACAAACAGCAGAGGGCCGGCAGUGAGGAGCAGGUCAACGGCAGCCCCUUAGAGAGGCGGUCGGAAGAUCACUUAACUGAAGGUCACCAGAGAGAAAUUCCACUCCCCAGCCUGAGUAAAUACGAAGCCCAGGGUUCAUUGACUAAAAGCCAUUCUGCUCAGCAGCCAGUCCUGGUCAGCCAAACUCUGGAUAUUCACAAAAGAAUGCAACCUUUGCACAUUCAGAUAAAAAGUCCUCAGGAAAGUACUGGAGACCCAGGAAACAGUUCAUCCGUGUCUGAAGGGAAAGGAAGUUCUGAGAGAGGCAGUCCCAUAGAAAAGUACAUGAGACCCGCGAAGCACCCAAAUUAUUCACCACCAGGCAGCCCUAUUGAAAAGUACCAGUACCCCCUUUUCGGACUUCCCUUUGUACAUAAUGACUUCCAGAGUGAAGCUGAUUGGCUGCGGUUCUGGAGUAAAUAUAAGCUCUCUGUUCCUGGGAAUCCGCACUACUUGAGUCAUGUGCCUGGCCUACCAAAUCCUUGCCAAAACUAUGUGCCUUAUCCCACCUUCAAUCUGCCUCCUCAUUUUUCAGCUGUUGGAUCAGACAAUGACAUUCCUCUAGAUUUGGCGAUCAAGCAUUCCAGACCUGGGCCAACUGCGAAUGGUGCCUCCAAGGAGAAAACGAAGGCACCGUCAAAUGUAAAAAAUGAAGGUCCCUUGAAUGUAGUAAAAACAGAGAAAGUUGAUAGAAGUACUCAAGAUGAACUUUCAACAAAAUGUGUGCACUGUGGCAUUGUCUUUCUGGAUGAAGUGAUGUAUGCUUUGCAUAUGAGUUGCCAUGGUGACAGUGGACCUUUCCAGUGCAGCAUAUGCCAGCAUCUUUGCACGGACAAAUAUGACUUCACAACUCAUAUCCAGAGGGGCCUGCAUAGGAACAAUGCACAAGUGGAAAAAAAUGGAAAACCUAAAGAGUAAAACCUUAGCACUUAGCACAAUUAAAUAGAAAUAGGUUUUCUUGAUGGGAAUUCAAUAGCUUGUAAUGUCUUAUGAAGACCUAUUAAAAAAAAUACUUCAUAGAGCCUGCCUUAUCCAACAUGAAAUUCCCUUCUUUUAUUAUUCUUUCUUUUGAUGAGUAGGUUACCAAGAUUAAAAAGUGAGACAAAUGUUCAGUGAGAAAAAAAAGAAAGGAAGAUGGUUAAUCGUCCUGCUUUAGAACCUAGUAAGUCAAAACCAUCUUGGUGAAUGUGUACUGUGGAAACUAUCCAUAAGAAGUAUCACCAGACUAUAAUUAUGAUAUUUGUAUAGAAAGAGAUCAAAGCUGUUUAGAAUUUGGAAGGGUUUACAUAUUAUGAUCCUAAAGCAGUAUUGGGCUGGCCAUUGGCCCAUUUGUUCAAAAACCCAUAAAUUAUUGCCUCAGUUUCGAAGUAUCAUGAAAUCCUAGGCAGAUGAGGAGAAAUUUAAUCUCCAGGGCAGUGAAAGGAAAAUGGCGCCCUCUUAGACGAGAAUCCUCUCAUAGAUCACGUUUCAAAUUUAGACCUAGAAAUGCGAGCUGUGGUUAGGCUUGGGGAGAGAGCAGCGGGAAGAGUGACAGAUGGUGGCACGGUGAUUUUGGCCAGCCCUGCCUGUACAUACACAUGCACACCCUCUCUGAUAUUUUUGUCCUUUAGAUGUUCACAUACUCCUUUCAAAACUAGUCCUCUUGUUUGCGAUUUAGGUUCAUUUUGUCCAAAUACAUAUGCAUUUUUAAAAAACAGUGUCCUCAGUGCUACGUAGUAACUUUAUUUUAGCCAGAUCAUUCUUUCUUGUAUGUGAUGAACCAGUUUGGGUUUGUUUUCUAAGCUUCCUUUGGGUCACUAAUCUCAUUUGGCAUGUUCUAACUAAAGGGAUCCCCUCAGUUCAAAAGACUAGAUGGAUACAGAAGUUCAGACCAUGGCAUUCAUUGAUUCAGAACACACGGUAUUUCUCCACAAGGUAACCUGCUGUAUUUAUUUAUUUUCUUUUGGUUUAAGUAUAAUUUCCAAACUUUGUGGUCAGGCAGCGUCUAAGGUUACGUUACCACAGGCUGACAGUUGGUAUAUGUACCAGUCAAUUCCUCCAUUAGAUUUAUACAGGUUUAGUUAAGUAGCAUUAAAUAGGAUUCUUAGAAGUAUGUUCUUCAUAGUACUUUUAAUACUUAAGGCUUUGUAAAACUAUCCAUGAAGGGAAAGCCUCAGCAUAACUGCUCAGGGAAAUAGGGCUAAAUAACUGAACAUUAAAUAAUUGGUUAAAGGUGCUGUUAGUCGAGCCUCCAAUGCUUGCUACACGGAUGUAUGUACAAGGACUGACUUUAAUAAUUUGCAUUAUAUUGUCCCAACCAGUAGUUUAUUUUUUGCCACGGAGAUGUAGAAGAUAUUACAAGCUACUGGAUGCACUGUCAGAUUAACUUAUUUCAUUAAAGAAGUUGGGAGAACAAAUAGGAAAAAAAAAAACCUUAUUUUUCUAGUAAAUAUUAAUGUAUUACAUUUCAAAUAAUGGUGCCUGACAUAUUGAAUAAUUAUUUUCUACAGUGUACGUAUGCAACAAAGAUAUUCCAUCAUGCAUUAGAGUCAGUUCUGACUCUGCCUAGCUGUUUACAUUUGCAAAUGUAGCAAACAAGGUAAUGAAGCAACUAUUUCUAUUGCGGUAGAUAUCUUUUGUGUGUGUGUGUGUGUGUGCAUUAAAAUUGUAAACGGUAACAUGAAACAAAUGAAAGUUCUUGAUAUAAUGGUAUGGAAAACCAGAAGGAAAUGAAAAUAUUUUUAUGCCUACUUAGGAAAAAAGGGUAGCACUAUUCAUUCCAAGUACUUUUUUUUUUUUUAAUUUUUAAGUUCUUAACUCACAUUGUUAUGCUUAAAAUGAUAAACAUAUAUCCUCUUUUUAUUGCUUUGUCUAUGUUUCAGAUGAAACAUUUCAGAAAUUAUUUUGAUAAGUGCUGCUGGAAUCUGCAGCACUGAUGUUUUUAUUGCAUUCUGUAGUCGCAUUUGCACUCCAUUUUUACAUUAAUUCGCAGUUGCUUUGUAUUGUUUUGUUUGGGUUUUGUUUCUUUUUCCCAGUGCCAGGUCUUCGUUUCUUCAAGUUGGAUGGCAGGUAGAGUUCAACCAGUUUGUGACUGUUGCAGUGAAUGAAGUUCAAACUGUCUUUCUGAUGCUGUGUUGUCAUUUCCAUUCUUGCAUUUUUGUUUUCAUGUAAAAAAAAAAAAAGAGAGAAAGAGAGAAAGAAAUCAGGACUAAGCCUUUUGCUUCAGUUUCAUUUUUAAAGGGUUGUUUUCUGAUCUCACCUGUCAAGUAGCUCUAAUAUAAUUCACAUGAACUGAGAUAAAGAGGUGAAAUGAGGGGCUUUGACAUUCAAAUUAUGUGAUGUCAUUUAUCUUCCUUUGGAAUUUUGAUGAAUGCAUCUCAAAAUGUACAGGCAGAUUGGAGAGGUGGCAAUUAAAGAUCUAAAGAGGAGAUUUCCCAAACAACAAAACAGUAUUUAAUUUUCUCAGUGAAAGGACUAGAAACAAAGUGCACUGUGGCGGUCCUCAAGCACCAUGAUGUGUGAACUGCUCAAAUUAGGAAAUAUUCGAAGUUUGGUUACUUGGGCAAUAGUACAGGUAUGGCUUUUUGGGCAAAACUACUAUUUAAGCAGUUUCUCCAGUGUAUCAGACACAAGUAUGUUGUUCUUUCUUGGCAUAUAUGUCUCUUUAUUUCAUCAUUUUUUUUUUCCUCAGACACACAAGUAGUAAUGGUUAGCAUUGGAAAUACAUAUCACUAUUCUUGGAAUAUUUAUGGUCAGUCUACUGUAGGUAGAAUAUUCUUAGAUAGCAUUGUCAAUAGAUCUUAUUCUGUAUUCUUUUUAUUAUUGAUUAUUUUAUUUUCAUUUAUUUCUUUUUCAUAUUUUGAUGGAGAAGAGGUUGGGCUAUGAAAAACAAUGAAAAUUUAUCAAAACACUAAAAGACCCCCUUUUUUUUUUGACUUUUGAAAGCCUUUGUCCUAGCUCUCAAAAUACAUUUUUACAAAAUUGAUUGAUUGGUAUCUUUAUUUUUAUUUGGGUUUAGGAUUUCUGAACUAUUUUGUCUUAAAUUGUGAUUUUAAAUGAGCUAUUUAGAUACCUAAAACCUUUUUUUUAAGGAUUCUCAAGAUGACUUAGGAAUUUCCCUUCUUGGAAAAGGCUUUCCCUAUGAUAAAAAACUAUACGCUAGGUAAAAUUGUAUGUCAUUUUAAAAACAUAUGUCUUUUUAAAGUGUAUGUCCAGAUUCUGAAUUGGGCUUUGGAUCAAACUUUAAGCCAGGACCAGCUCAUGCAUUCUCAUUCUCCUUUUUCUCACUCUUUCUCUCUUCAUCUCUCACCCAUAUAUUCAUAUUGUUGUUUGGGAUAGAAGAAUCUUAAAGAGCCAGCCCACCUCAGAAGAUUGUGGAUUGAGAGACGCUACACUGAGUCCAUGAAAAAGGAUGGAGCUCUCGUGGUUAAUGUGUUAACUCUGUAGUUCAAAGGAAAAGAGUAUUCCCAUUCUUUCUACAUGACAUAUUGAGAUGUUCUUUUAAAAAAUCAACUUUUAAGAUAAUGAUGUUUUCUUCUAAACUGUUCUCUUUUAGUAAAGGUAGGUUUUAGAAAACAAGCAUGGGGUUUUUUUUUCUAAGGUAAUAUUAAUGAGAAGAAGAGAAAAAGUGAUUAUCUUUAACAGCUCUUUGUUGAAGCCUGUGGUAGCACAUUAUGUUUAUGAUUGCACAUGUGCACAUAAUCUAUGAUGAUCCAAUGCAAAUACAGCUCCAAAAAUAUUAAAUGUAUAUGUUUUUAAAUGCCUGAGGGUAUACAUUUUUCUUAAUUAAUUGAAGAGUAUCAAUACUGCUACUAAAGUAAUGAUUAGCCUCCUGCUGUGUGGCUGUGAAACAUCAAAGGUGACCUGUCUUAAGACCUCUGAACCGCCUGCCUGUUUAGUUCGUGAACAUGAACUUCAUUCUAGAGGGGGAAGAUCAAACAUCCCGUGGUGGUAAAGAAGCUGACGGUCAGCUUCUGAGCUGUAUGCCAGCUUUUUGCUUAAAGUUUACUUUGAGCUCACAGCUUUCUGUCUUUGGGUUGAGAACCAUGGCAAAAAAAUAAAAGCAAGGCAUCUUUUGUGAUCAAGUAAGUGAAAGCUUGCUGACUGUCCUAGAUCACAGGAGAAAACAGAAGAAUGAAAUCAAAUCCAAAUAUGAGACUAAAGAUGCUAACCAAAGGUAGGUACUAAGUGGAAUUCUGUCAGCAGGCCACUAUAAAUGAGAAGAGGAUAGAGAGACAUGUACCAGGACUUUGAAGGGCUGUGUUAUUUUCCCAAAGAAAGACUUGGCCAAGGGCAGAAGCCAUGGCUUCAUUGCAGAGCACUUCCUGUGGGUUUUCCGUUAGCAUUUCACCGCCAUUGGACACACGUGUUCCUGCUAACCGUCCAUGGUUUAGAAAGUAUCCACAGUUAUCUGCAGUAAUUAGGACCUCUGGAAGAUGCUAGGGUUGAAGUGUGUCAAGUCAGGGAUAAAGAAAAUGUGAAAUUCAAAUUGGUCCACACAUGGAAACUGGAUAAUGUAUCCUAACGUGUUGUUCUCUUGAAGGGAAAAGUAGAGCUAAAAACUUCACUCCAUCCUUCAUCAGAGAAAAUGGUCCUUCAAGACCCAUGAGUCCCAAAACUGGAUCCUGAUUUUUACGCCUGGAUUUUUGUUCAUGAUAUGACCUGCAGCAAAUCACUUUUUUCUUUUUGUGCCUCAGGUUCCUCACCUGUAAAGUGGAAAAAAUAUAUUAAUAAUAAUAAUAUUAAUAAUAAUAAUAAUAAUGGUAAUGUAGUACUUGUUUGUAAAGCACUUUGAGACCCUUGAUUGAAAGGCACCAUGAUAGUGCCAAGUAUUAUUAUAUGGCCAAGGAGCUUAUUUAAACUCUCAGUUCCCAAGAGCCAAGAAAGGUUGGGGUCAUUUUUUUAAAGAUGAGCUGUAAAUAUCAUAAUCAGGCAGCCUAUUGUGUUGACUAUGAAGAGGCAAAACUGUUACAAGGCUGAUAAAACCAUAGUUUCUUAAUGGCUACCAACAAGGCAAAUAUCACAAUAAGAAAUGCCAAAUUCUUUAAGGUGACAACGUGAAUAACUGGGGGGGUGGGGGUGGGAUGGGGAUGGGAAGCAUCUCAAUAAUGCCAAUGUAAAAUUCACUUAUAGCAAUAUUCACCAGCAGAAAAUGUCUUUCAUACGGAAUGAUUUCAUGUUGCUAAGAAAAAAUUCAAUUUGUAGUCCUGAUUUGAAUAUUAGAAUGUUGGCUAUAAUAGUUCUGUUCUUACAACACAUGGAAUUUUUUUUGUUUUAUUUAAUUUUGUUUUCAUAGUGCAUGUUCAUUUCUACUCACAAACAUGUUCUUGGUGUAUUUCUUAUGCAAACAAUCUUCAGGCAGCAAAGAUGUCUGUUACAUCUAAACUUGAAUAAUAAAGUUUUACCACCAGUUAUA